AUGGAUGUAGACCCAAGCCCCUUGCUAGAGUCACCUGUGAGGGAUUGGUCUGAGCUCCCACUCGACCCUCUCUCCUUAAUCUUCAUGAAGCUUGGGGCCAUUGAGGUCCUCAUGGGCGCAGGCCUUGUGUGCCGCUCAUGGCUGGCAGCUGCAAAGGCACCAGAAAUUUGGCGUUUCGUGGACAUGACUCGUCAUAAGUUAGUUUUCUCGAAGGGCACAGGUACCUUGUGUGCCAUGGCAAAAGUAGCCAUAGAUCGCUCAGAUGGAAGGAUCGAGUCAUUCUGGGCUCAGCAGUUUGUUACCGAUGAACUCUUGGAGUACAUUGGAAACAGGGCCAAUUCUUUGAAGAGCAUUCGGCUUGUCGCAUGCGCAUACUUUUGGCAUAUGCCAUUGGUUAAGAUGUUAGAUAAAUGUCCGCUUCUGGAGGAGAUAGAAUGUUCAUAUCAAAUAAUGCCAGAAGAGUUUUUCAGAUAUCUAGGCAUUGUGUGCCCCCAGCUGAAGCGUCUAAGAAUCCAUAUUGAGGAGUGGUAUGAUUCUGAUGAGAUCAGGCGUGAGAUGGAGAUGGAAUGUCGCCGGCAAAACGGUGACGGAGAUGAAGACGAGGAAUCAGAGGAGGAAACUGCCGAAGCUUGGGAAGCGAGGAAAAAUGAGGUUGCCUUUGCCAUUGCAGAGAGCUUACCUGAGCUUCGGCUUCUUCAGAUGGCAGGCAACAGCCUGACCAACAAAGGGUUCUAUGCCAUUCUCGAGGGCUGCCCCAACUCGAAUGCCUUGACAUCUCUGACUGCUCUAAUCUCCAUGUCAAUGAUGAACUGCGAGCUCGAUGCUCUAACCUCAAACAUGUCUUGUUACACAAACAGCAGAAUAAGGUUUGCUGCCCCGACCUUCAUGUCAUCGGAGAGAAAGAGGGUGAAGACUACAGGCUCACUAUGCCCUACCUUUCAGAAGACGAAGAUAUGUUGUACGCUGAGGGGGGGAUAA